AUGUCUGUCCGGACUGUGCCAGUGCGGGAAAGCGAAUCGCUGCGUCGGCGAUCGCGGCAAGCACCCAAGGGCGUUUCCCGAGAGGAUUCAGACGACGAGCUCGGCAGCGACGACCUGCCGUGGGAGUGGAUCUACGAGGGCCAGGCGCCCGAGCGCAAGAGGACCGACGAAGAUGCCAGCCACGAUGACGACCAGGACGACGACAGCACCGGCGAGCGCAAGAGGAGAAAGGUGGCCGGGCAGAAGAUUGUGGGCGCUCGCAUGGGCAGCUUCGAGUGUCGCGCAGGCGACUGCGUGCUUCUCAAGGCCGAGGGCUCCAACGAGGCUUGGGUAGGCCUGAUCUGCGAGUUUGUCGAGAACGACGGCGAUGGCGACAUGGCAGCCAAUUUCAUGUGGUUCUCUACCGAGCAGGAGAUUCGGAACAAAGAUAAGAAGCGCUCCGACUUUUACUGGAAUGAGCUAUACAUUACACCGUCAUGGGACAUCAACCCACUAGCCUCGAUCAACGGCAAGGCCAAGGUGACCUCUCUCGACGCCUUUCUCCGACAGUACCCGUCUGGCAAGAUCCCCCGCCAGUCCGCCGACUAUGGCAAGACGUUUGUAUGCCGCCGGGGCUGCAACACGCGCACGGCAUCCUACACCAGCGAGUUCGUGUGGGAGGAGGUGCUGCAGACGAGCCUAGACGUCUUCAAGAUCAUCGACCUCGUGAAGCAGGGUACGAAAGCGACGCGCCAACGCCGACGGCAGCAGCGCAGCCAGUCGCCCCAGGACGGCGUCUACUAUCCCGAGACGCCAUCUAAGACGGGGCGCGGCAGGAGCGGCAGUGUCACGACGCCGCACUCGAAACGGGGAGGGGCAACACCCGGCUCGAGGAAGAGGAGCAGCAAGAAGCUUGAGUUCACCCCGCUGGCCACGCGCACGCUGUCCCCGAGCAACGUCGAGUCGUCGCCCUUCCAGCUCGCCCGCACGCGGCUGCACGUGUCGGCCGUGCCGACCAGCCUCCCCUGCCGCGAGGGCGAGUUCUCGCUCGUGUACUCGCACCUCGAGGCGUCCAUCUCCGACGGCACGGGCAACUGCAUCUACAUCUCCGGCACGCCGGGCACGGGCAAGACGGCCACGGUGCGCGAGGUCAUCGGUCGCCUCGAGGACGCCGUCAACUCGGACGAGCUAGACGACUUCAUCUUUGUCGAGAUCAACGGCAUGAAGAUCACCGACCCCCACCAGUCCUACACGCUGCUCUGGGAGGCCCUCAAGGGCCAGAGGGCCAGCCCCUCGCAAGCGCUCAACCUCCUCGAGCGGGAGUUCAGCAACCCCAGUCCCCGCCGUACGCCCUGCGUCGUCCUCAUGGACGAGCUCGACCAGCUCGUCACAAAGAAUCAGGCCGUCAUGUACAACUUCUUCAACUGGCCAACCCUGCGCCAUAGUCGCCUCAUCGUCUUGGCCGUUGCCAACACCAUGGAUCUUCCUGAGAGGACACUCAGCAACAAGAUCAGCAGCCGUCUAGGUCUGACACGAAUCACUUUUCCUGGAUACAAUCACGAACAGCUCAUGAAAAUCAUCCAGUCACGUCUCGAGGGAGUUUCAGGCAGUAUAGUGGACCCAGACGCCGUUCAAUUCGCGAGUCGCAAGGUGGCCGCCGUGAGCGGAGACGCUCGCCGUGCGCUCGACAUAUGCCGCCGAGCCGUGGAGCUCGCCGAGAGCGACGUGCAGGGCGACCCGACGACGCCCAGCAAGACUGGACGUGGCGACGCGGCCAAGGCAAAGACGGGCAGAGUGACUAUCGCUACCAUAAAGAAGGCUAUCAACGAGGCAACCACCAACCCUGUCCAGCAACACCUCAAGAGCCUACCCCUCAUGUCCAAGCUUCUCCUGGCGGCCCUGCUCCUGCGGAUCCGCAGGAGUGGUCUGGCCGAGACGACGUUUGGCGAGAUGCUCGACGAGCUGCACCGCGCCAACCUGCGUGCCCCGGCGUCCAACCCGGGACUGAGCCAUCUCCUUCCCGGCGGCACAAGAGCCGGCCAGGCCCGCGACAUAGGUCGCCCCGGCCACAUUCACACUGCCGCCAUCGAGCUCGUCGCAGCAGGUCUGAUCAACCUCGAGGCGCAAAAGGCAGAACGGUCCAACAAGCUCCGCUUGGCUAUUGCCGACGACGAAGUCAAGAUGGCACUGCGCGAUGACGCCGAACUGAGGAUGUUGGGUAUCGGUGUAUGA